AAUCUGUGAAUAGGUCUCUGGUCUCUUUAUUUGUUUCUUGCUACUUGUUUACAGAAUUACAGUUAAUCUUCCUCAGCUCUACGCUUUGCUCGGUUGUCCUUAAUCUUUCUUCACCGGCGGCCGUAGCAUCUGUACCAGGGUGAGAAUGGGACCAGGAGGUCCUGGAGGACCAGGUUGGGGUCCUGGCCCUGGAUGGGCACCAGCGCCAUUUGGUGGAGAUGGUCCAUUACCUGGACCCUUGGGUAUUCUGGGGGCACUUGGGAAUGGUUUGUGCAAUUUUGCAUCUUCAUGCUUGUCCUUCUUAUGUUGUUGCUGGUUGCUACAAGAUUGCUUUGGCGGACCUGGUGGACCGAUUGGCCCUCCACCACCACCACCACCACCACGUUUCUGACUAUAGUUAUAUGGUUCUACAGAAUGGAGGGUUGUUUCUCCGUUUCUCUUACUUUAAUAUGUUCAACAAAGCUAAUUUCGUAUCCCCCUGCACCCGUGAUCCAUUAUUAUAUAGUAAAAAUCAGCUCUUUUCCAUCCUAAUUAGUUAUGUAUUUUGUAUCCCUGCCCUGCAUCCAUCAUCCAUGAUUAUAAAUAUAAAGUAAAAAGAGCUCUCUUUGAUCUUCAUUUGUUUAA